AUGAAACAGGAAAUAAUUAGAAGGAGUGAAUGUGGGGUAAAACAGUGUGACCUCGUCAAAGAGUUUGGCCUCAGCAAGACCACCAUUUUCACCAUUUUGACAAAUAAGGAUGCAAUCAAAUCAGCCAAAGUAGCCAAAGGAGUAUCAAAACUAUUUCAUGAAAAACAUAGGUCUUCAAUCCACGAGGAAAUGGAGAGGCUAUUAGCGAUUUGGAUUAAGGACAGGCAGGUGAAAGGUGACGUAACAACCCAAGAUAUUAUCUGUCACAAAGCCAAGAGAAUUUAUGACGAUCUAAAGAAAAACGUCCCUGGAAGUAGCAGCAAUCAAGAUAAUGAAGAAGAAUUCAAAGCCAGCAGGGGGUGGUUUUUUAGAUUUAAGAAAAGGUGUGGAAUCCACAGCGAUGAAGGAUACUGCCCACAACAAGUGUUCAAUGCCGAUGAAACGGGUCUUUUCUGGAAAAGAAUGCCGAGCAGAACCUUCAUUACAAAAGAGGAGAAGAAAUUGCCAGGACACAAAGCCAUGAAGGACAGACUUACCCUUAUGUUUUCGUCUAAUGCCAGCGGAGACCUCAAGAUCAAACCUCUAUUGGUUUAUCACUCUGAAAAUCCCAGAAUUUUCAAGAAAAAUAACGUUAUUAAGUCCAAACUGCCCGUCCAUUGGAAGUCCAAUCAAAAAGCCUGGGUGACCCAAGUUAUCUUCAACGAAUGGAUUCUGGAAACCUUUGCUCCUGCCGUGAAGAAAUUCUUGCUGGAAAAAGAACUGCCGCUCAAAGCCCUUCUGAUACUUGACAAUGCCCCUUCUCACUCAAAAGACCUAGAGGAAAUAUUGCAGGAAAAUUAUCCUUUUAUCAAGGUGCAGUAUUUGCCACCAAACACCACAUCCAUUCUUCAGCCAAUGGAUCAGCAAGUUAUUGCGAACUUUAAAAAACUCUACACUAGAGCCCUCUUUAAUAAGGUGUUUGAAGAAUGCGAGUUUGGUGGAGACAAUAUGACUGUCCGAAAGUUUUGGAAGGAGAAAUUUGAUGUCCUUAUGGCAAUACGACUUAUACAGAAGGCCUGGGAAGAAGUGUCACAAAGGACCCUCAUUUCUGCUUGGAAGAUGCUUGUGCCUUCGUGGACCCAGGAAGAAGCAGUAGUUGAUGACACAGAAGUGGUGAAGGACAUCAUCACAGUGGCCCAAAGGUUGGAAUUAGAGGUAGAGGAAGAGGAUGUAGAGGAGCUUAUUGAGGAACACGAAGAAGAGCUGACAACUGAAGAGCUCCAAGCACUUCUGGUCCAGCAACAGGACAAUGCUCAAAGGGAAGCGUCAUCUGAUAACGAGGAGCAACAAUCAAACAAUCAACCAAUCCCAACUGCUGACAUCAAGAACAUCCUGGUCAAAUGGAAAGCAGUUCAGGAGUUUACCAAUGCCCACUAUCCGGAUUCAGCUGAAGCAAACAGGAUCAACGAUCUUUACUCCGAUACUCUUCAUCUUGUGGAGGCCACUAUGAUUGAUGUGCGUUCAUACCCAAGCUUUAUCCGUAGAAUUCUGGUGAAGUCAAUUGGAGUACCAGUGCUCCAGUGGUUCCUAUGGGAAGAAAGUGAGCCAGCAGUCCAGUCCAGGAAUGUUGUUCUGGCAGCCCUACAGCUUAUUUUUAAGGUUUGCCUGGGCUGCUUUUCUUCCACUCCUCUAGAGACUGAGAAGGUUGAAGAAGGGGAGGCACGUGUUGCUUGUGAAGUAGUUCAAGAAGUUAAUUUAGAAAUUGAUCCUAAUUUCACUAGUGAAACUAGUGAAGAGACUUCUUCCACGGAUUUAGAGAACUUUUCAGGGAGAGCUCGAAACAAACAUUUGAACCAGAUGGCACUGUUCCUUUGA